CAAGUAUACGUAAUUUCACCCACCUCUUGAAGUUUCAUAUCCACGUUGUGAGAAUAUACCAUGAAUUUGAUACUCGUGGAUAAGGGGUGGUUAUUAAGUUUAAUUUAAAGUUAAGUUGAGUGAAAUUCAGAUUUGGUCUUGGGUCUUGUUGAAAUCGUUUUGCCGCAUAAUUGUACUUUGCAGCCUUUUCCUGCUGUCCCCAGAAAAAUUAUCCAAAAUUUGAAAAGUCGUGCGCAUUGUACCAAAUAGUCUGUAUAGAUUAAAAAGAUUUGAAUUACAAUGUGAUGAUGAUAGGGUUUGAAACUGAUUAAGUUUGAUCAUGAGUAGGCGACCGAUAUCGAUUGACGAUCUACUUAAAGAUGAGUCUGAUGAUGAUGCUUUCACCAGCAAGCCUAUCACUCGAAUAAAUGGUGCACCAAAGCUUGUGUUCUUAUCCAAAGCACAACGUGAAAAACUAGCUAUACAGAAGAAACUUAAACAACAACAAGCAGAUGAAGAUGAAAAGAAUCGACAACAAAUUGAAAGAAAGAAAAGAAUAGUAGAGUAUCAUGAUGAAGAAGAGAAUGAGAAAAAAGAAUCACCUCUUAUAACUAUUAGUAAUGACAAAACUACAAAGAGGAAGAAAUCAAAGUUUAAUUUUGAUUGGGAUGAAGGGGAAGAUACUUCAAAUAAUUAUCAACCAUUGAUCUUCCAAGACAUUAAACGGACCUCAAAUCAAGAUGAAAUUAUCAUCAGUGAUAAACAUUGGACUGAUAAAACAGUGGAUGAGAUGACUAUUCGAGAUUGGAGGAUUUUCAAAGAAGAUUAUAAUAUAGUUUCUAAAAAUGUGAUUAAUGAUAUUAAACCAUUACGUAAUUGGGAUGAGAUUCCCAAGUUAAUCCCCAGUAAGAUCAUAGACCUUAUAUAUAAAUUGAAAUAUGAUAAUCCAACCCCAAUUCAACGGGCCUCCAUUCCAAUCACUUUAAAUAAUCAAGAUAUUAUUGGGAUUGCAAAGACUGGAAGUGGGAAAACUUUAGCAUUUUUAAUUCCUUUAUUAACUUAUUUAUUAAAUAUAGAUGAUAAUUAUUUCAAAUAUGAACAUAAACAACAAGAUGAAUUCAAUAAACCUUUAAGUCUUAUAUUGGUUCCUACUAGAGAAUUGGCUUUACAAAUUACAAAAGAAGCUAAUAAAUUUUGUCAAGAUUUAGGUAUUAAUGUUAUAUGUAUAAUUGGAGGUCAUCAAUAUGAAGAAACUAUCAAUUCAAUUCAAAAUGGUGGUGGGGUUCAUAUAGUAGUGGCUACUCCAGGUCGAUUAAUUGAUUCAUUAGAGAGACAUAUUAUAGAUUUGGGUAAAUGUUAUCAUUUAAUCAUGGAUGAAGCAGAUAGAAUGAUUGAUAUGGGGUUUGAAGCAAGUUUGAAUUCAAUUUUUAAAUAUUUACCUACUGAAAAUCAAUUAAAAUCAACCAUUGAUUCUAAAAUUUUUAAUAUUAAUCAUCGAAUAACAUUAAUGUUUACAGCUACCAUUACAACUGCUAUUGAAAAAAUAAGUAAGAAUUAUUUAAUCAACCCUGCUUAUAUAACUAUUGGUAAUGCUGGCGAAGCAAAUGAUAGUAUUAAUCAAGAAUUUGAAUAUUUGACGACUACUCCUAAUGAUGGGGGUCAAGAAUUAGAUGACCAAAGGUUUGCUAAAUUAUUAACUGUUAUAAAUAAACAUCAACAACAAUAUCAUGAUAUUACUUCCAUCAUUAUCUUUGCCAAUUAUAGAAAGAUCUGUGAUGCUUUAUCCACAAGGUUGUCUGCAAGUGGCUGGAAAGAUAAUGUGGUGAUUCAUGGAUCAAAGAAUCAAGAAUCAAGAGAAUGGUCUAUUAAUAAUUUUCGAAAUCAUGAAUCUCGAGUUUUAAUCGCUACCGAUGUAGCGGCCAGAGGUAUUGAUGUUUCUGAUGUGUCAUUGGUAGUUAAUUUUCAAAUGGUUACUAAAUUUGAAGAGUAUAUACAUAGAAUUGGUAGAACUGGUAGAGCUGGUAAAACUGGGUUAGCAUAUACUUUUAUUGAUGAUUCAAAUAAGGAUGUGUUUUUAGAUUUAAAGAAAUAUUUAAGUAAAAGUGGAAAGAAGUGUCCUGAUUGGUUAUUGAAGGCUACUCAAUCUCAAAAUUUAAGAGAUUAAAUACUGUAUUAUUAUCAUUAUAUAUUAUUGUUACA